AUGAAAAAAAUGGAGGGUACAGUGAAAUGCUCAGCAAACUUUGUGCCAUUGAGUCCAAUUAGCUUCUUAGAAAGAUCAGCAAAAGUUUAUGGUGAUAGGCUCUCUAUUGUUCAUGGAAAUGUGAGAUAUACCUGGAGAGAAACUCGCGAAAGGUGUAUCCGACUUGUUUCUGCUCUCACACACCUAGGAAUUUCUCGUGGGGACGUGGUUGCUGCCUUGGCUCCAAAUAUUCCUGCAUUGUAUGAGCUACACUUUGGAGUACCAAUGGCAGGGGCAGUACUCUGUGCACUUAAUACGCGUUAUGAUUCAGAUAUGGUCUCUGUAUUACUUAAGGAGUUAGAGGCGAAAAUCAUAUUUGUAGAUUACGAAUUGCUUGAUGUUGUUAAGGGUGCAUUAGAAAUUCUAUCAAAGGAAAGGGUAAAGUUGCCGCAUCUAAUUCUGAUUUCUGAUACAGAGAGUGAGUUAUCCAGCCCGAAUAAUAAUUGGAGUUUGGUUUCGGAGUAUGAGUCGUUUUUAGCUAGUGGAGAAUCUGAUUUUGAGAUUGUAUGGCCAAAUGAUGAAUGGGAUGCUAUUGCUGUGAAUUAUACGUCAGGAACAACAUCGAGGCCAAAAGGGGUUGUGUAUAGUCAUAGAGGGGCAUAUCUUAAUUCUCUGGCUGCAGCUCUUCUCACUGAAAUGGCUUCGAUGCCUGUGUUUUUAUGGACUGUUCCAAUGUUUCAUUGCAGUGGAUGGUGUCUUACUUGGACUGUAGCAGCACAGGGUGGUACAAAUAUUUGUAUGAGAAAUGUGAACGAAAAAGGGAUUUUCGACAACAUAAGUCAGCACCAAGUGACUCACAUGGGUGGUGCACCUACGAUUCUGAACAUGAUAAUAAACGCGCCACAAAGUGUUCAAAAACCACUCCCAAGGACAGUAAAUGUUAUGACAGGUGGUGCUGCGCCUCCUCCUCAAGCUCUACUUAAGAUGAAAGAGCUUAAUUUUAAUGUUACUCAUGGAUAUGGUCAAACAGAAGCUUAUGGUCCAGCAGCUGUUUGUUUUUGGAAACCAGAGUGGAACUAUCUGUCCCCUGUUGAGCAGGCUAAUCUUCACGCUCGUCAAGGAGUGCACCAUCUUGGCUUAGAGGACGUAGACGUAAAGGAUUCUGAAUCAAUGAAGAAUGUACCCUCAGAUGCAAAAACAAUAGGUGAGGUGAUGAUUAGAGGAAACACAGUAAUGAAUGGUUACUUUAAGGAUAUGAAAGCAACAGAAAAUGCUUUUAAAGGGGGCUGGUUUCGUAGCGGGGAUUUAGCAGUGAAACAUCCUGAUGGUUACAUAGAAGUAAAGGAUCGUUCAAUUGACAUCAUUAUCUCCGGUGGAGAAACCAUUAGUUCAAUCGAAGUGGAGUCUGUUAUCUUUAGCCAUCCAUCUGUUUUCGAAGCUGCUGUAGUGGGAAAACCAGAUGAUCACUGGGGUGAAACACCUUGUGCAUUUGUUAAACUGAAGAAUGGAUGCAAUGCCAGUGCUGAUGAGAUCAUCAAGUAUUGUCGCGAUCGUUUGCCACAAUACAUGGCUCCUAGGACGGUUAUUUUUGAUGAUUUGCCAAAAACAUCAACCGGAAAGACUCAAAAGUUCGUUCUGAGAGAGAGAGUCAAAGCCAUGGGAAGCGUUUCGAAAGGUAGCUAA